AUGGCGCCCGCUCCGCAGGCCAGCAGUGCCGAAAUCACCAUCCGAGUGUGCUCAGAAAUCGUCAGGAGGCUGCUCGAGGCGCACGACAAGGGCGAGACGGUCAACUUGAACGCUCUCAAGACGCAGGUCGCCAGCAAGUAUGGUUCAAAGAGCGUGCCGAGGCUCGUGGACAUCAUCAGCGCCGUGCCACAGGAGGUCAGGGACAUCCUGCUGCCGAAGCUGCGGGCGAAGCCGGUGCGGACGGCCAGUGGGAUCGCCGUCGUGGCCGUCAUGAGCAAGCCUCACCGGUGUCCUCACAUCGCCAUGACCGGCAACAUCUGUGUGUACUGCCCAGGCGGUCCCGACUCCGACUUUGAGUACUCGACCCAGUCCUACACUGGAUACGAGCCGACUUCGAUGCGAGCCAUCCGCGCGCGUUACGACCCGUACGAGCAAUCGAAGGGCCGUGUAGAGCAAUUGCGGUCUCUUGGACAUAGCGUCGACAAGGUCGAGUUCAUCAUCAUGGGCGGGACCUUCAUGUCGCUUGGCGAGUCGUACCGGAACGAGUUCAUCUCGCAGCUGCACAACUCGCUGUCGGGGUACACGGGGCACGAUGUUGACGAGGCCGUCCAGUACGCGGAGCAGGCGAAGACGAAGUGCAUUGGUAUCACGAUCGAGACCCGGCCAGACUACUGCCUCAAGCCGCAUCUGAGUGCCAUGCUCCGUUACGGCUGCACACGACUCGAAAUUGGCGUCCAGUCUGUGUACGAGGACGUUGCGCGAGACACGAAUCGCGGCCACACCGUCAGGGCGACUUGCGAGGCGUUCCAGCUGGCGAAGGAUGCGGGCUUCAAGGUGGUCUCGCACAUGAUGCCCGACCUCCCGAACGUCGGCGUCGAGCGCGACAUGGCGCAGUUCCACGAGUACUUCGAGAACCCCGCCUUCCGCUCCGACGGCCUGAAGAUCUAUCCGACGCUCGUCAUCCGCGGCACCGGUCUGUACGAGCUGUGGCGGACAGGUCGCUACAAGAACUACAGCCCAAACGCGCUCGUUGAUAUUGUCGCUCGCAUCUUGGCGCUCGUCCCGCCUUGGACCAGGAUCUACCGUGUGCAGCGCGACAUCCCUAUGCCCCUCGUCUCUUCCGGCGUCGAGAACGGCAACCUUCGCGAACUCGCCCUGGCCCGUAUGCGCGACUUUGGUCUCACCUGCCGAGACGUGCGGAGCCGCGAGGUCGGCUUGCACGAGAUCCACAACCGUGUUAGGCCCGACGAGCUCGAGCUCAUUCGACGCGACUACACGGCGAACGGCGGCUGGGAGACCUUCCUGUCGUACGAAGACCCCGAGCGAGACAUCCUCGUCGGCUUGUUGCGGCUGCGGAAGCUCACGCCCGAGGGAACGUUCCGCGAGGAGCUAGUCAAGGACGGGCAGACAAGUAUGGUCCGCGAGCUGCACGUCUACGGCACAGCCGUUCCGCUCCACUCCCGCGAUCCGACUCUCUUCCAGCACCAAGGUAUCGGCACACUUCUCAUGGAAGAAGCCGAGCGGAUCGCGCGCGAGGAGCACGGUAGCCGCAAGAUUGCCGUCAUUAGCGGUAUCGGCGUGCGGAGCUACUACGCUCGUCUCGGGUACAAGCUCGAGGGGCCGUACAUGACCAAGAUGCUCGACCCGCUCGACGACGACGAGAUCUUCUGA